GUGCUUCACCUUUUUAACACAUCAGAUGCAGAGCUCUCUCGCAUUCACUGUGUUACUAACAGUCCUGGAGAAACAUUCAAAGAGAAAGUGUUAAAUCAUGCACGCUGUUACCGUGUUUUGUCCUUUGCUGCUGAUAUGGUCGUGCCAAAUAAAGAAAAGCUGGUCCAAUGUGACUGCUGAUUACAACAUGGAGAACAAAUCCACAACAGAGUAUGAGUAUUCCACAGAGACGGUGGAUUACAGCGAUCUUGAGUUAAUGUGUGAUAAAGGCUCCAACCGUUCCUUCCGCGCCUGGUUCCUGCCCACCAUCUACACCGUCAUCUGCCUCCUGGCCCUCAUGGGAAACUUUCUGGUCAUCCUCACCUACCUUUACUUCAAGAGGCUGAAGACGAUGACUGACGUCUACCUGCUCAAUCUGGCCAUGGCUGACCUGCUGUUUGCAAUUUCUCUACCUUUCUGGGCAGCUAGUUUCAUGAGCAAGUGGCACUUGGGUCUGUAUCCGUGCAAGGCCAUGUUCACCAUCUACAAGGUCAGCUUCUUCAGCGGCAUGUUCCUUCUCACCUGUAUCAGCGUAGAUCGCUAUUUCUCCAUAACGAAGGCCGUCUCUGCUCAUCGCUGUCGUACAAGUGCGGUCUUUUACGGACAGGUGUCUUCUCUGGUUACUUGGGUGAUGGCGGUGAUCUUUUCAGUACCUGACAUGGUGUUCUCUGAAAUCAACAUCAAUGGUACCUGUACGGAAAAUGGCAACAACUAUGAAGACUACCGCCUCAGGAUGCUGGUAAGUCAGAUGGUCCUGGGUUUUAUACUUCCGGCCUUGAUCAUGGGGUUCUGUUACACCUGUAUCAUCAAGACCCUCAUCCAAGCCAAGAACUUUGAGAGGAAUAAAGCCUUCAAGGUCAUCAUUGCGGUGGUAUCUGUCUUUGUCUUCAGUCAACUACCCUACAAUGUAGUCAUGGGAGUGACCGCUCAGGAAACAACGGAUUGCGGUAAGGACAAGAGUCGUCUUUACGCUUUGGAUGUGACCAGAGCCGUGGCCUUCUUGCGCUGCUGCAUAAACCCCUUCCUGUACGCCUUCAUUGGGGUAAAGUUUCGCAAUGAUCUCCUGAAGCUGCUGAAAGACUUGGGAUGUAUCAGAAAGAGCCAUCUCAUGUACACCCACUGCGGUAAACGAAGAUCCUCUGUCGGCUUGGACACAGAAACCACAACUACGUUUUCCCCUUGAAUGCUACCAUCUGUUUAGGAAGAGAUUCCGGAACAACAAAAAAGUUUUGCCAGUUUACUUUAGUCACAUAGUGGUUAAUCUCUUCAUAAGCUCCAUUCAGAAAAAAGUGCCUGUGGAGGAAUGUAUGGUGCCAUGUACUAGCAUGCUGCAAAUUUCGCUUUGCAGCAUUACUAGGGACUUAUUGUACAAAAACUUCCUUCUUUGUAACAAUUUUCACUUCUCGUUUUUGAUUGCUCUUUGAGAAAUGUCUGUCACUCUUUGUUAUAUGAUGUAGCCAGUUUGUGUUCAAUAUAUCGUUCUCUAUAUAAAUACAAUGUAUAUUACACAUGCUUUCAAAAAUGUGACAUCUUUAUUGCUAACUAUGAACUAAGUUUCUCAAAUAAAUAAAAAUUUUCUA